AUGUCGGAUCAGCCUGGCCCGUCAUCAGGCCGACGUUCUGAUCAGGAUCCCCCGGACCUUUCCGACGAAUCGGACAGUGAAUUCGAAGAGUCCAGCUCGGGAUCUUCCACAUCGGGCUCCGAGAACGACUACGAAGAAGGUGGAGAUGUUUUUACCUACGAAAUCACUGACAAAGCUGCCAAGUUUAUCUCGAAAUACUUUGGUUCUGAAGUGGACUAUAAGCUAACACCUUCGUCUGACGGAAAUUUCACUUGUGAAUUAACAACAACGCCGGACAACAGAGAACUGCACACUUCUGUAUUGUCCGGCUUGGAUUUGGCAUUGAAUUUGUGGCCAUUUGGAUACCUUUUGCAAACAUUAGCUUCCGAGACAGAAGAUGCUUUUCAAACGUGAGUAAUUUCUGUUGUUAUUGGUUUUCGUUUUUAGGAGGAGAUUGCCUGAUCGACCUUGUUUUACGUAGAUGAAAGUAAAUUCUGCUAGGUUUCAGUUUGUUCCUCGACAACACUGAGAAAUUGGUGAUCAUAAUAGAGUUCUGCAAGCUCUUUAACAAUCACGCGUCAAGUACAUGGCAAGAGAUUCUCGAUGACAAGGACAAACUGAUGUGCAUGGAACUGAACAUUCGAAAUAUUUUGGAGUAUGAUGACUAUACGGAACUAGGCUUGGCGACAUUCGUUGCAGAGUUACGAACCCACUUUGAGGAGCAGGAAUCUUGGAAAAGAGCAGCAGAAGUCCUAGCGGAGAAGCAGUUGGAUCGACUGAUGUGAGUAUAAUGAUUACUUUUUGCUUCUUCAGCUUUUAGGAGUGUUUCUAAAUAACGUGCAGUUUUCAGCCCAUUUCUUAUGGGAUCGAGGCUCUCCCAAAAGAGCGCGGAUGUAUUAAAUCUGCGGCUGGUUUCAAAAACAUUCCAGCAAAAAGUUGAUGUGGUAUUGAAGGAUAAUAUUUUUGUUCAGUCCUUGUGCCGCAAGAAGACCCUUGGAAUUAUUGAAAUUGAUGAAACUCGAAUUGAGGUAAUUAUGACCGAAUUUUUCAAUGAAGUUUAGUAUAAAAUACUAACUAUGGAGUUAAAUAAUAUCCGUUUAGACCAUUCCAUACUCAAAAACUGCCAACCCCAUUCUCCAUUGUGAUAAGACGACUCUCAAAAAGCUCCUACCAUUUGUCUCACUGCCGAAUAAUGGUGACUUUUCAUUCGCUUAUCAAUCCGAAACUGCCAAGAAACUCGUCGAAUCUCUGAAUCUCACUGAAAAGUCGGAAGUUGAAAUUGCCGGAAAGAAGUAUAAUCUUGCCCAAGGAACCUUGAGCCAUGGGUCUCUCACAGAAGUCGUCGAUCAAUUCAUUGGAAACGACUCAGCAAAUAACAAUCUCAAGCGGGAAAACGCGGAUAUCGUCGAUGAAAUCCCGGCAAAAACGCAAAGAUCCGAGUAA